GUGGGCAUACUGGUUAUACUGUGUUUAUAAAACGUACGUACUUUCAUUCAACAGAGCAGGGUAUAUCUACUGAUGAGCAUGCGAAAAAAUUAAUAAAAUGGAAGGAAGAGCGUGACAGGAAGAGGAGGCAGGAAGCCGCAGUGAAGAAACCGGCUUUCAAAGUCGGCAUCGUUCAUCACUCGUUAUAUAAACAAAAAUUCCUAGAAGAGGAGAUUCGUGUUGUCGCACAGCGAACGAUGGAGAUUGAGUGUGAAGAAGCCGUUCAAUCGCGUUCAUCGGCAACAACACCGCAUGAGACCUCAAAUGGCAAUGACGAAAUGACCAAGGACAAUGCAGAGAGCGAAGCUGAUCAGGCGCAACCGACUUUAUGCGUAUCGACCAAGGACUUUCGCAAUCCGACAAGCACGGAAACUUUGUCGGAAUUCAGCGAAUCUUCAGGCAAAACUGACCUUUCCGCCUCUUCACAGUCAGGCGAUUGCGAAACUGGUAGAGGAGAGAUGCUGGUAACAUGUAGAGAUUUGCAAGGAUUUUGGGACAUGGCAUACUUGGUGGUCGAAAACUGUGACUCGCAAGUUCUAGCAAUGCAUUUUAUAUACAAAAUAAUCAUUACAACAUCUUUUUAUAUAUUUAAGACGCGGAUAGGUGAUGGCCUAUUGCACGACAAGCUAAUGCUCGAUUUGAUCAUCGUAAUUCCUUUAAAGAGCAACGCUUCUAUAGGUUGGAGAGAAAGGAUUUCAUAGAAGAAUAUUCUUGGUGCAUUAUUAUUUUGCUCCAAAUCUUUUACGGAAAAGCUGUAAGUUCAUUGGCUACAUAUUUCUCGGAACUAGAACUCGGACACAGUUCUUGGAUCGUGGACACAAGGCUCAAGAGAUGGCAAUAUAAAACCAGCGAUUUUUUGUUUGAUUUGAACUUGUAAGAUCUUAGGUCCAUGAGAGCACUGCACAUCUUUCUGCUCCACGGCCACCCAAAGUUGAAAUAUAGGUAUGUACAGAUA